AUGGUAGUCGCGCCCUGCAAGGCCACUCCUACUGCAGAGAAUUGGGAACGCCAUCGUCCACUCAUCAAACGUUUAUACGCAGAUGAAGGAAUGAAGUUGAAGGAAGUCGUUGCUAUCAUGGCUUCUCAACAUGGACAUAAUGCCACCCUCAAAAUGUACAAAGAUCGAAUCAAGAAAUGGAGACUAGACAAGAAGAACAAAGAAGGCGACAUGCUUGCGAUCCUUCGCAAGAAAACGGAACGAGAAGCAGUCGGGAAAUCGAGCUCGUUUCGGGUACGAGGUCAGCCCGUGGCCAUCGAGGACGUCUAUCACUACUUCAAACGGAAGAAGAAUAUGCGAGAUCAAGAAGCAUACAAUGCUCCUACGCCUUCUGAUGUCUCCUGUCGAACGCCAUCACCAGCCCCAACCGUGCCGCCUUUUGGGAAUGACAUCCAAAUGAUGACAACAAAUCCUUUUUCGUGGCCAGAUCAAUUUGCGCAGCCCGAGGGAGCUCAAUACGCCAACGCAACAGAGAAUCUUGACGACACCGAAAUAGAUGGCAUGGUGGUAUCCACUCCUGAAAGGACCUUUUCCGAAUACAAUGAACAAAUCUUACAAUGUACCCUCCGCGACAUGUACAACCUGAUAUCGAACAACGGAGACAUUCCACGGUCUCCUUCCAACCCACAGACUCUCCUCAUACCCGAGCGUCUAUUGCUCGCCAUCAAGACAUACGUGGAUGGCUCUUUUGAACGAGGCUCCUGGAUCACAGGAGAGGAUGGAUAUUGCGUCGCCCUCGGCAUGCCAUCUAGCUCUCCUUUUAAUUUUUGUGGCUACUGCCAGUCAGCUAUGUCCCUACUAGACCGGGGUCUUCUUGUCGAGUUCCGAAGAAUGCUAUCAAAAGCGUUCAGUGUUGUCGACACUUUGAUCCGAACCCAACAUCCUCGAACUCUGGACUGUAUCAUAGAUAGUGUGCUGUACCUUAGAUUCAGAGAAUGUCACGAUAUUGUUGAGUUGUUACUUGGGUACCUUUCCAGAAUAUCUAUGAUUUUGUUAACGAAAGAUUGCCCCUUGGCUCGUAUCUUGCGGCUCAUUAGCAUGCUUGAGAUAGACUCGCUGGAACAAGGACUCACCGAGGCGUGGCGAUGCGCGCUUAAUGGUUUCGAAAAGGCUCUUGGGGAGUUGCAUAUAUCGAGUCUGGACAUCAAUCUUGACUUCACCAUACGUGUAUACAGCCAUUUAAGUGGUUCUGUGGUUGAAACCCAUCUUCGAAGACUUCUCGCACAGGCAGAGAAAGAAUCAAGAAUUUCGAAGUCGACCCUGCAGGUUAUGGUUUGUUUGGGAUGGAACCUGUAUGACCAAAGCCAGUUUGCAGAAGCUGAGCAAUUAUUUCUAGAUGUUCUCUCCCAAGCUUGGGGUAAAGGCUGGUAUUUCCUGGAGGUCGAUGCUUUAGGGCAUCUUGCUCGCUCCCAACAUCAACAGGACAACAAGAGCUCGGCUGAGAAGAAUCUACGACAAUCUAUUCAAUGCACAUGCGAAACGUGGGGCAUGGCGGAUCCAUUGACCAUUGGCCGUAUGAUUGUUUUGCUGGAAUGGUUGCGCGAAUGGGGACGAGAAGAGGAAGCAGACCAACUCCAAGCAGAGAUAACUGAGGCGACAGGCCGGGAUGAUAUUGAUGAAGAACUCGAUGAAGAACUCGACGGGCACUGA